AGCCUCUCACUCCUAUUAGCGUUGAAUAAGAUGGGUCCCACAAAUCAAGGUCACCUGCUCCGGUUAGCUCUAUCUUGCCGGAAAAUCACUGCUCAGGUCACCACCCCCGGCACUGAUUCCAUCGUCGCUAUGGCUUCAUCCACCGAACAAGAAUUCAUGGCUCAUUAUCGAUCCAAACUCACUACCUUUCCUAGAUCCCACAAAUUUUGGGACGCCAAAAUCGCUUCGAGAAUCGGUGAAAAGCUAGGGUUUCGUCUUAACGACAUAGGUAUCUCCCACCUCGAAAUUGACCUUACGGAAGAGCUUUCACGGCCGAUUCAUUACCGGAAAAUGGUCGUUCCGUUCUUUAAUUCCGUCAAACGUGCUGGAAUUAGCGUCCAUGGUUCAGAGAAACUGGAAUCGCAGGCUUAAUACCACCUCAAAACUCAUGGAAAAGAAGAUACUGCCAAGAAUCAAUCAAGAUUCCCUUUGCAAUCACAUGCAAGAAGAUCAUCUCAAAUAAGGAAAGCAAAGCAAGAUCCAUCAUUUAUUCAUGGGUAAUUUUACUGAUGGACACCUUGCUGGAGAAGGAGCAUAUUCA